AUGGCUUUGCGUUAUUGCAAACCUCGUGGUGCUCUCACAAUUGGAAUUACCAAUACUGUGGGUAGUUCAAUAUGUCGUGAAACGCAUUGUGGUGUCCAUAUUAAUGCUGGGCCUGAAAUUGGUGUUGCGUCGACUAAGGCAUAUACUUCUCAAAGUAUUGCUCUUGUUAUGUUCGCCUUGAGCAUGAGUGAUGACCGUAUUUCACUUCAAAAACGACGUACUGAAAUUAUUGAGGGGCUGAAAGCUGUUAGUGAUCAAAUUAAAAAAGUUCUUCUAACUGACAAGCAAGUAUUGGAAAUUGCUCAAAAAAUUUAUAAAGAGAAAUCUAUUUUGGUUAUGGGUAGAGGUUACAAUUUUGCGACUUGUCUUGAGGGUGCUCUGAAAAUUAAAGAACUUUCUUAUAUGCAUUGUGAAGGUAUUCUCAGUGGGGAGCUUAAACAUGGUCCUCUGGCUAUGGUUGAUGAGAAUAAAUGCAUUGUUAUGAUUAUUUGUAAUGACAACGUUUACAUUCGUUCUCUCAACGCUAUGCAGCAAGUUAUGGCUAGAGGAGGCAAACCGAUUGUUAUUGCUGACGAGACUGUACCUAAUUCUGACUUGGAAGAAGUUGAGCAUAUUAUUCGUGUUCCAAAAACGGCAGAUUGUCUUCAAAAUAUUUUGAGUGUUAUUCCACUUCAAUUACUUGCUUAUCACGUUGCUAAUUUGAAUGGAUUUAAUGUGGAUCGACCUCGUAAUCUUGCAAAGUCGGUGACUGUUGAGUGA